AUGGCACAGCCAAUGGCCUGGCAUGCCUGGAGCCCUCAGAUGAUGGCGCAACUGCCGGGCCGCGCCGUAGGCACCGCCAGUGCCAGCCCUGCGGGCAGGGUCCCGCAAAGUGGACGAGGCCCCUCAAGCCUCAGCCCGGCGGGGCAGCGAAUUGAGGGCUGGGCACAGAGGGGUGUGUACACCUCCCACUCAGCCGUGGUGGCGGGUGGUCGGCCCAACUCGGCCGCCCCGGCAGCUGGGGCGGCGCAGACCUCGCGGAACCGGCCGCCGCCCGCAGACUACGUGGCGCAGCAUGGGCUCUACCGACGGCCUCACCACUCCUUGCCACCGCAAGGGGGCCCCCAGGUGCAGGUGACUCGCCAGUCUCUUCCUCUUCAUGGGAAGCAAGGGCAUUCGCAGAGGCAGCCAACGUUGCCGCAUCAGCUGCAGCAGCAGCAGCCGCCGCAGCAGCAGCCGCAGCAGACGCAGACGCAGCAGCAACAGCAGCUGCAGACGCAGACGCAGACGCAGCAACAGCAGCAGCAGCAGCAACAACAACAACAGCAGCAACAGCAACAGCAACAGCAGCAGCAACAACAGCAGCAACAGCAGCAGCAACAACAACAGCAGCAGCUACAACAACCUCAGCAGCAAUCACCACAGGUGCCAUCGCAAGGCACAGGGCAAACAAUGCCGCUGUCCAACUUGCCAGUGCACUACAACGUGGGCGGCUCCAGCGCCUCUGCACCUAGAAGGAAGCAGAGACAGAACCCGGAGUAUAGUGAUGACGAUGAGCUCGCACCUAGCCGGUCCUUCCGGCAGAUGAAGCUGUCGCUGCUGGUGCGGUGUAUAUGCUACAUUCACCAGGAGAUCACCAGCCGAGAGGAGAUGCCCUCUGAGGCCCUGGAGCUGCGGAAGCUCUACGCGGAGGACCAGUAUCACAUGUCCAACUGCCAAGACCUGCGCGGUUGGAGGAAGUCCAUGGGAGACACCAACCCCUUGGAGAUCGCGGCCUUUAUUCUGGGCCUCUUCGAGAACGGCUUCUUCGAGGUCUCCGAGCUGAUCUGCUGCCUCAUCUUCCUGCGCCGCUUCCGAGAGAAGACGGGCCUGCGCCUGGACCCGGCCUGUUGGAGGCCGCUCUUUGUAGUGGCGCUGCUGGUGACGGACAAGUACCUCAUCGACAGCUCGGUGAAGGGCAGCUCCAUGGCGGAGCAGUCCAUGUUCCCAGUGCUGACGCCCUCCCAAGUCUUUGCGCUUGAGUUGACCUUCUGGAAGAAGUUGGACUUCGGCCGGUUGUGGCUCACGCGCAGAGACUUCAAGGCCUUCUGCCAGGAGCUGGAAUUCCAGGGCCCGGAGAGCAUCGAGGCCACGUGGCGCAAAGGGGCCGAGGCGCCCCGCGCAGAUGCUGCAAAGUACAACAGGAUGCUGCAGGCGGCCGCAUUCAGCAUUGCCAUCGGCAUCGCCCACCCCUUCUUCACGGAGCUUUCGAAGUCUGCGCACCUCUGGGAGUACGAGCGGGACGUGAGCGGAGCCUGGGUGGGCAGAGACCUCGGCCGUCGGGUGAUGCCCUUCCACAUCAUCACGCUGAGCCUGACCUCACAGAUCGUCUCAGUGCUGAUCGCCGUGGCCGUGAUCACCGCCAAGAACGGAGUUCAGGGCGCCUGUGCUGAGUUGCUGAAUUUCAGGACGCAGGAGCUGAUGCCCAUCCUCAUCAUCGGCAUGAUCUACGGCUUCGGGGACUUUCUGCAGACCACGGCCUGCAACAAGUCCUCCGCGCCCGUGGUGCUUCUGAUCGGCCAGAGCAAGCUCUUCCUGUCUGCCCUGAUGUCGAGAUUCUUCCUUCGGACCGGUGCCACGACGAACUGGCUGCGGCUCAUCACCAUCUCCCUGGCCGCCUGCGCCUCGGCGGAGAUCUCCGCCGCCGCGUCGCUGGGCGAGCGCAGUGAGGAGAUGCUGGGGGCGAUGCUGGCCUUCCUCAAAGCGGUGCUGUCCACCGCAGGCGCGGUGGCCUCGGAGCGUGUCUUCAAGAGCCAGGACGCAGGGUUCUGGCUGGUCUCCUUCCGAGUGCAGCUGGGGAUGCUGCUCACCAGCCUGGCGGUGAUCGCUGCGAGCGGCAGCGCUGGCGAGGUGUGGUCCAGUGGGUACUUCGGCGGGCCUCUGCCGCGAUGCUCUGACAUGACCUGCCUGGACGAAAGAUGUGUUUGCACCAGUUCCUCUGGCUGGGAUUGGAUGACGGUUUUGGCGAUGCUGGCGCUGGUGCUCAACGGCUAUGCGAGCGGCUUCCUGCUGAAGCAUCUCUCUGCCGUUUGCAAGGCGGUGUGCAGCCUGGCGAGCAGCGGCCUGUGCUGCGUGGCCUGCUGGCUGCUGGGCCUCGCGGAGUGCAGCCCCGGCCAGGCCUUUGUGGCGCUCAUCGUCCUAGUCCAAUCCUACGAGUACGCGGAAGAGAAGGCUAGGGCUCCCAGGAUGGAGGCGGUGACCAACUUGGACAUCCAGAAGGUGAAGGGUCACAACUACGUGAGAUCAGAGACCUUCACGCGGGGUCAAGCCAGCGAAAUGCUGCAGGACUACACCCAGGAAGCCAAGCGCUGGGCCAAGCCAGGCCUGAGCCAGCCCUUCAGGCCAAACGGCACGAAGUUGGCACAGUGGAAGAGUCGGCAGGUCUUCCCGACCCAUGGCCAGGACGAGGCGCAGAAGGACGCCGACGCCGCGGCCAUCAGGGAGGGUAUCUCCCCCCGGCGGAAGGUGGACAAGGUGCCUGCGGGGGUGUCCAACGGGAGCAAGCCACGGGCAAGCUCCCACACUUUCGUGGGCGAGCGUGUUCCCAGCACGGCACAGAAGAUGCCGGCGGAGCCAGACACGUCGCUCUGGAGCUCCCCGCGGCCCCAAGUCUCCUCGGGCCCCUGCCUCUUCGCGGCAAACCAGGCGCCCAAAGAGGACCCGAGCCUUCUCUCCUUUGCUGAGAAGACGCACAUGUUCAACGCUCGCAGCCACAGCCACGGUGACACGCGCCGUGCCCUGCGCCCGAACGGGCAGAUGGUGGCUCCGUCUCGGCCGGCGACCCUAG